CAAACAGGAGCUUUCUUGGUACCUUACUUCCUGAGUCUGUUAAUAGGGGGUAUUCCUCUCCUUAUCAUCGAGAUUGGAUUGGGUCAAUUCACGGGACAAGGACCAGUUACAGCAUGGGGUAUGAUAUCACCCCUUUUCAAAGGAAUCGGAGUCGCUGGCCUGGUCAUCCAGGCCCUCCUGGACAUGUACUACGCGGUCGUCAUGGCAUGGGGCAUCUACUAUCUCUUCUGGUCGUUCAGAGCCGUUCUUCCCUACUCGACCUGCGACAACCACUGGAACACUCCCUGCUGCUUUGCUACGAACACAAAGACGAACGCGACCACGACGUCGGGUGAUAACAGCACGACGUACGAGUUGACCACAGACACGACAUUUAAUACGAGUGACGAGUGUGGCAACGAGUCCACCUCGGCUACUGUUGAGUUUUGGAAUCGUAAGGUCCUUCAGAUUCAUUUAUCAGAUGGGAUUCAGGAUAUAGGAGCAGUAAAUUGGCAACUUCUACUCUGUCUUUUCUUUGCUUGGAUUCUCAUCUACUUAUGUGUAUGUAAAGGGGUUAAAACAUCAGGAAAGGUCGUGUAUGUGACUGUUCCUUUACCAUAUAUAUUACUUACCAUCCUCCUAAUAAGAGCUGUGACCUUACCCAAUGCGGUGGACGGAAUUGUUUUCUACCUCAAACCAAACAUAACAAAGCUUCAGGAAAGUCAGGUGUGGCUGGACGCAGGUACUCAAAUAUUUUAUUCAAACUCACUCGGUCACGGUGUUCUGGUUGCUCUUGGAAGCUUCAACGCGAGAAACCAUAAUUUUGUUAGAGACACGCUAGCAUACGCUGGAAUAGGCUGUGGAACCAGUUUGUUUUCUGGUUUCGUUAUAUUCGCUGUUCUUGGUUUCAUGGCUGGAGAACAGGGUAAAUCAGUCGCUGAGGUUGCAAGUUCAGGUCCUGGUCUUGGUUUCAUUGCGUACCCCGAGGCCAUCACCCAGAUGCCAAUCUCCACUCUCUGGGCUGUCCUUUUCUUUCUCACUUUACUUCUGGUUGGAAUUGAUAGUCAGUUUGUAUGCGUCGAGGGUUUCAUCACCACUGUCGUUGAUUUGUAUCCUAAGACCCUCCUACGAGGUCGACGUCGAGAGAUCUUCACUGCGGUCGUCUGCUUUGUUCUUUGUAUGUUAGGUAUCCCCAUGGUAACACACGGUGGAAUGUACAUUUUUCAACUCUUUGAUUAUUAUGCUGCCAGUGGCUUCGUGCUUCUCUGGGUUGCCAUGUUUGAAUAUGGGGUCAUCGGGUGGGUAUAUGGUGGAAGACGUUUUAUGAGUGACAUAACUGAAAUGACUGGAGUACGUUGGAUAGGACCAUACUUGCUCUUUACCUGGAUGUUCGCCUCACCACUCUUUGCUGCUAUAAUAUCUAUCUUCAGUCUGGUUGCGUACGAGCCUUUGAAGUAUGAGGAUGUGUAUACCUACCCGUGGUGGGGAUACAUGCUGGGUAUGAUCAUGAUAGUGUCAUCUCUUAUCAACGUACCAAUCUUCAUCUUCUAUCAAUUCAUCUUCAAGAGUCAAGGUUCUAUCAAAGAGCGCUGGACCGUAUUGACUACUUCUAGGGUGCCUGCAUAUACAUGUACGUCAUCAAUAGAUGAGAAAGACAUUAACCUUGGAAAACCGUAAAUGAUGUUGUAUAAAUUCUAUAUUAAAGGGAUACUCUGGGCUGAAGAUAUUUAUAUCUCAAUAAAUAGAGUAAAAUUCAGAGAGCAAAAUGCUGAAAAUUUGAUCAAAAUCGGAUAACAAAUAACGAAGUUAUUGAAUGUUAAAUAUUUGCAUUAUUCCGGUGAAACAGUUCUAGGCAUGUCUUCAUGAAUAUUUAUUAGGUGGGCUGAUGAUGCCAUAUCCCCCACUUUCCUUUUUCUUAUGUUAUUAUAUGAAAUCAUAAUUGUUUCAGUUUUUCAUAAAUGUGUAAGUAAUGUGUCUCCAUUAUGAUGGUAUUAGUUGCAGCAAUAAAUAACUAAUGCACUUAAUCAGUUGUCAAUCCAUUUGUUUUAGUUCUUCGUAGAAAAUGUUUGAAUAAACCUAAUUUCAUAUAAUAAAAUACAAAAGAACAAGUGGGGAUGGGACAUAAUCAGCCCACCUAAUGAAUAUUCAUGAAGACAUGCGUAGUACUGUUUUAUAACUUCGUUAUUUGUUAUCCGAUUUUGAUCGAAUUUUCAGCAUUUUUGCUUUGUGAAUUUUACUCUAUUUAUUGAGAUAAAAAUAUUUUCAGCCUCGAGCAUCCCUUAAAUAUUAACUGAAGUCUAUAUGAACUUCGGCCCAUAAUCGGAACUAUUUCUUAAAGGCCCACCGUACACCUUACGAUUGGUCUGCGACCUGAUUUUGGAAUAAAAAGACGUUGUAGAAUUUGAUGAUAAUAUUGAGACAUGGAAUAUCUUACUGUAUAAUGUUCUGAAAAUCUAAAUCAUCGUUCGAAUAUCUAUCUUCAAAUCUGUGACUGUGUAAUCAUUCUUAUAAGAAUAAAAGUGAAUCUAAUAUCUAGUCGUAAUGAUGUCAUAGCAAUCGUAUGAUUGGCUACGAUUUGAAACUAAUUUUGCCUUUACUAUAAAUAAAGGCUUGUAAUCAUUCAAAUGUGUUGUAUUAGUAUUUUCUUACAGAUAAUUUGAGCCUUUGAUAUACUAUUUAUCCACAUUUUCUGAAAAUAAGCAAAAUGCAAUUUGUUCCAAAAACGGAUCUUGGACUAGUCGUGAGGUGCGCGGUGGCCUUUAAGCGUCAGGAGGAAUGAUGACGCGAUCCCGAAAAUCUUGAUACUGACAAGUUCAUGCGAAGACCUUAAAAUAGCUGUUAUCUUCCCGAAAUAUAACGCAUACAUUAUGUCGCCCGCAAAGGGAUAUAUACACAGUGCAAGAAACGUGAAUGCCCAAGAUCGUUCAGCGAGUCGAAAAGUUUCUUUUGGAAGAUCAGCGAAACACAAAUGCCUUUCUUCGUUUUGGGUUAUAGUGAUUGGUCAUGACUUGUGUUAUCACGUGACUCCAUUGUGACCGAUCGAAUUUGCAAGAAUCAAAGACGUACACGUAACUCUUAUGCCGACAAUAUCCUGGGAUUGCAUCAUAAUCAUCUGAUAGGAGCCCAUUUUGUGUAGGCCAUAUCUUAAUAGGGCUAGCUUUUUGUAUAUUCGUUAUAUUUGAAGAAGAAGAAGAAGAAAGGGGAAGAAGAGGAGGAGGAAGAAGAAGAAGAAGAAAAGGAGGAGGCGUAUAUAUAGUGAGGCAAUGCAGUGUGGGGUUUUGUAUGAUUUUAGAAACAGUGGUGGUGAGUGGCUAACUUUGGCAUGACUUUUUUUUAUUAUGCAUGUUAUGUCUGAUGUAAACUAUUGUCACAAAAAAGCUCGCUGGCUUUUCGCUCAUCAGAUAUUAGGCGUUACCUGAAGAAAAAAAAACCAACGGACAAGUCAAGAACUGUAUCAGAUAAUAUCAAUCACUCACUCGAAUCGGUAUGUCGAAUCGAAUAUUGAAUGAAGUUUGAUGUAUUAAAUUCAACCUAUCUAGCUUA